AUGCCAAAAUUGUGUAUUAAAUCUAAAAACAAAUUAGAAAAUGCCAAGAAAACUUUUAUAGAUAAUCAUAUAUCAGAACACAAUAACAUGGUUGAUAUUAAUUUGUUUUUUGAAGAAAAUCAAGUUGAAGAAAUCAGAGGUUUAUCAACUAGCAAUUAUAUCUUACCAAGUGAGCCUAGAGAAAGUAUCAAUGAUUAUCAACCUCAGUAUAGUUUAUUAAUUAAUACUAUAGAAAAAACCUUAGUUAAUUAUAAUGAAUUUGAUAUAUCUGAUACGAAUUCAACUUAUGACAAUGAAAGCUUAUCUGAUAUCUUAGAUGUUGUAGAGAAUAGUGAUGAUAAAUCUGAUAUUUUGAAAGAAGCUUUGGAAACUGAUAUACUAGAAGAUAU